UCGGAUUUGUGUCAUGUCUCGGCAUGUUCACGUAUCCUGUGUGCUCGCUGCUGCUACUGCUCACCGGGUCCACGUGUUGGCAAAGAUGUAAAUUCACGAAGUGUCAUGUCAGCUUUACCCUGGAGACACCUCGUUUUUAGCCCUGGUGGUGAGGAUCAGAAUAUUUCGGAAAGGACCAACACAAAAACAACCAUGAUUUCCCAGCAAGCAAAUGGACGUAAGCGGAGGAAAAAGAGCAAAAGGAAAGAUCAUGCCGUGGAAACUCAUGAAACGAAGUGUGAUCAAAGAGCGAAAAAAAGAAAAUUAAACGAUAUUCUGGAAAAUAAAGAUCAAUGUGUUAGACCUAGUGAUGUUUUGAACUCUUUAUUAGAACAGGGAAAUGAUUUACAAAUCAAAAGACCCAGAAAUAACCCACAUAGGACUGAAGAAGCGAAGUCUGCACUAUUUCUCAAUGACAGCUGGGAGGUUGACAGUGGCUUUUCAUCAGGGAUCAGUCCAUCCACCAGUGGAAGGAGUUCACCAUGUGUGGGAAUCGAUCAUUUAAAUAUUAUAGCCAUGGACUGUGAAAUGGUGGGCACCGGGCCUGGUGGCAAGUGUAGUGAGGUGGCACGCUGCAGUAUUGUAGAUUAUUAUGGUCGUGUUGUUUAUGACAAAUAUAUUUUGCCUCAGCAUCCAGUCACAAAUUAUCGCACGAGAUGGAGUGGCAUAAGGAAACAUCAUUUAGCGCAAGCAUUACCUUUUGAGGAUGCUCGUAAUGAGAUCCUUGACAUCAUAAAAGGCAAGAUUACUAUUGGUCAUUCCCUGUAUAAUGACCUUAAGGUUUUGGACAUCUCCAUCCCUACACACAUGGUUAGAGACACCUGCUCCUGCAGUCUGCUAAAUGAGUUGUUUGAUGCCUGUGAUGGGUGCAACAUCUCUUUGAAGAAACUGACUAAGAAGCUACUUAGUAGGACCAUACAGGUUGGCAGAAUGGGCCACUGCUCCAUAGAGGAUGCUCGUGCUACAUUGGACUUGUACAAACUGGUGGAGGACCAGUGGGAAAAAGACUUGUCCCAAGAUUCAAUAGACCAUACCUCAAACCCCAACGACUCCCUGGAACACUACAUGCAGGACCAGUAUUGGCCGGAAUCUGUGAUGGAUUGCAGUAUAUAACAUAAGCCCCAGAUUUAGGGCUGUGAAUUGUAUUUCAUUUCGUAUGUUAUUUAAACAUUAUUUAAUAUAUUUUACACACCAGACUUGACAUGUUAACAUUCAUUACUGCCAGAUUACUGUGGAAACACAGUGAAACUCAGGUUGGACAACAAAAUAUUGCACAUGAAACUAUUUAAAGAGCGUGUGAUUAUGGUAAUCAUAUGGAUACUUUUUAACUUUGUAAAAGUUAAUGUUCAUUUAGGAUUUUGAGAGCAUAAACUUUUAAAUAGUUCUGUUAGUUUGAACUUAUUCAAGUGUUUACAAACAACUCAAGUGUUUAUUUUAAGGAAUAACUUAAACAAAAUUGUAUGUUUGUAAGGUUACUUUUGUCAAGAUGUAAUGUUAAAUAAUGUUAAAUUGCUGCUGCUUACAAGUUGUGGAUAGCACUUACCCACUCCCAUAAUGUUACACUUACAGCCAUGAAAGGGAUUUUUGUGGUGUUUGGCUAUAAAAGUCUCAAUAAAAUAUUAUGAAUACAAAAGGAUUCAUCAUUGACCACUCACUAUAGUUCGUAACAGCAUUUCUGUAAGAUCCUAUAAUAACUAUGCUGUCAUGUUAUGCUGUAAUUGUUAACUGGAUCUCUGGUUUAAAGGAAAAUCAUAGGACAGGACUUGUUGAAACAAUGGCCAGAAUUGAGAAUAAA